UCCAAUUCUGCUCGAAUCCCAGAUGAAAAUCAAGAGAUUAUUAUCAGUUCCCAUAUUUUCUGUGCUAUCGUUGAUAGGUUUUGUGUAUUACAUUACGGUGUUCAUUUUCAUCGAGGAUUGGAUUGGUUUGUUCACCUCUCCCGGUUUGAUUAGCUCUUUGAUUUUCACUUACUUGGCUUCGCUCUGCCUUUUUUCUUUGGCCGUUUGUGUUCUCACCGACGCAGGUCCUGUUCCAUCUUCCUAUUUGCCUGAUGUUGAAGAAAAUGCCGGCUCGGAUCACGAUGCCAAGAUUUCCGCUUUACAGGUAAGGCAUUGUGAAAAAUGUAGCACCUACAAGCCUCCAAGGACCCAUCAUUGUCGAGUCUGCAGAAAGUGUGUUCUGAGGAUGGAUCAUCAUUGUUUGUGGAUAAAUAACUGUGUUGGUUAUUGGAACUACAAGUCCUUUUUCGUCCUUGUCUCGUACGGGACUUUGGCAAGCUUAUAUUCCACUUUCAUCAUUAUGAGAUGUGCAUUUCAGAAGAACUGGAAUUUUGAGGGAAUGCUUUCUGUAAAUAUUUUCUAUGUUAUUUGUGCAGUGAUGAUGAUCUCCUUGAGCUCAACGCUCGGAACUCUUCUGGGCUGGCAUAUCUACCUCAUCGUUCGAAAUAUGACGACUAUAGAGUAUUACGAAGGAAUACGUGCAGCAUGGUUGGCUAGAAAGUCUGGACAGAGCUAUCAGCACCCGUUCGACGUCGGUGCUUAUAAAAACAUGACCUUGAUCUUAGGUCCAAACAUUCUGAAAUGGGCAUGGCCUACUUCAGCCAGCCAUCUAAAAGAUGGACUCAGUUUCCCGACUUUGCGCGAUAGUUCGUGAACAGGUUCGGCCGAGCCGAGCUGAUCCGAUCCGCCUUCUGUUUCAGUGUUGUUCUGAAUUUGUUUGAAGAAUACUCCAAUGCCAAGCAACACUGCAGUUUCUCUUCACUUCACUCAUCUGGCUAGAAAGGCAUAAAAAGGAAGAAACAAGGUAAACUUUGCAUACACUUGCAAUUCUGUAUUUAAAGAAGAAAUUUGAUGUAGAGCUCUGUUCUCAAAUAUACCAUUUUCAAGCUUUGUGAAUUUCGAACUGAUGUAAAUUCGUCGUAUUUUCAUUUUUUUUA